AUGUCACAGCCUACAGGUGUUCUGGAUCAAGACCAGUUCAGCUGUUCGAUCUGUCUGGAUCUACUGAAGAAUCCGGUAGCUAUUCCCUGUGGACAUAGUUACUGUUUGGGCUGUAUUAAGGGCUACUGGAGUCAGGAUGAUCAUACUGGUGUCUUCAGCUGUCCCCAGUGCAGAGAGACUUUCUUCCCAAUGCCUGUUUUAAGAAAAAACACCAUACUAGCUGAUGUAGUCGAGAAACUGAAGAAGACAGGACUCCAAGCUGUCCCUCCUGUUCACUGCUAUGCUGGACCUGGAGAUGUGGUGUGUGAUUCCUGCACUGGGAGAAAGCACAAAGCCGUUAAAUCCUGUCUGAUGUGUCUGGCCUCUUUCUGUGAAACUCACCUCCAGCCUCACUAUGAAUCUCCUGCCUUUAAGAAGCACAAACUGGUCAAAGCCACUGGAAACCUGCAGGAGAAGAUCUGCUCUCAUCAUGACAAACUGCUGGAAGUUUACUGUCGUACCGAUCAGCAGUGUAUCUGUCUGCUGUGUAUGAUGGAUGAUCACAGAGGGCAUGAUACAGUCUCAGCUGCAGCAGAAUGGACAGAGAAACAGGUAAGGACUGGACUGAAGCGCAACAUGUUCCAGCAGAGAAUCCAGGAGAGAGAGAAGGAGCUGCAGGAUCUGAGGCAGGCUGUGCAGUCAGUCAAGCACUCUGCACAGGCUGCAGUGGACGACAAUGAGAGGAUCUUUACUGAGAUGAUCCGCUCUAUUGAGAGAAGGUGCUCUGAGGUGAAUGAGCUGAUCAGAGAUCAGGAGAAGGCUGAAGUGAGUCGGGCUGAAGGACUCCUGGAGCGACUGGAGCAAGAGAUUGCUGAGCUGAGGAGGAGAGAUACUGAGCUGGAGCAGCUUUCACACACAGAGGAUCACAUCCAUUUCCUCCAGAGCUGUCAGUCUCUCUGUGCCCCUCCUGGACCUGGAGACUUACCCAGCAUCACUGUCAGUCCACAUUUUUCUUUUGAGGCUGUGAGGAAAUCUGUCUCUGAACUGAAAGAGCGACUGGAGGAUAUCUGCAAGGGGGAACUGGUCAAAAUUCCUGAAUCAGUGAAAAAUGUCCCUACUGUAGAGCCCAGGACCAGAGAGGAUUUCUUACAGUAUUCCUCUCAGCUCACACUGGACCCCAACACAGUGAAUCAAAACCUCCGUCUGUCUGAGAGUAACAGAGUGGUGACCUCUGUGAGAGAGAUCCAGUCAUAUCCUGAUCAUCCAGAGAGAUUUGAUGGCAGGGCUCAAGUCCUGUGCAGAGAGGGUCUGUCUGGACGCUGUUACUGGGAGGCUGAGUGGAGUGGGUGUGAGGUUUGUAUAGCCGUGUCAUAUAAACACAUCAGCAGGAAAAAAGGACAGGGUGAUGACUGUGGUCUGGGAUAUAAUAACCUGUCCUGGAGUUUGGACCCUGCUGGGUCCAAAUACUUUUUCAGGCACAAUAAUGUCAGCACUUUAAUCCCUGUUCUCCCCUCCUCCUCCAGAAUAGGAGUGUACCUGGAUCACAGUGCAGGAACUCUGUCCUUCUACAGCGUCUCUGACACAAUAUCCCUCCUGCACAGAGUCCAGACCACAUUCGCUCAGCCCCUCUAUCCUGGGUUCUGGGUUUAUUUGGGAAGUUCUGUAAAACUGUGUGAUCUUUGA